GAACGACAGCGGCUGGAGACAAUCCUCAAUCUGUGUGCAGAAUACUCCAAAUCUGACAGCGACCCCGCUGCAGCUACCACAGUUGCUGAUGUUCAAAAAAUCAACAAAGAGCUCGAAAAACUUCAGCUCUCUGAUGAGGAUUCAGUGUUCGAAGACUCCCAGAUGAAUUUGGAGAUGCGGUUCAGGGGCCACUUGAAGUCGUCUGCCAGCGAUUCGGAUUUCUCGGAGCUGAGCACCCACAGCCGCAGCACCAUGGGCGCUUUCCUCCCGUCCAGGGGGGUGAGAGCCGACGAGCACCUCAGCGAAAGCACGAAGCCUCUGCCUUUCGCCGCUCCUGGCUUCCUGAAGGAUGCUGCUGAGUCAUCAUACCUAAGCAUCACACCCAAGAUACCAGAAUGCACAAGUGAUGAGCAAAGAGGGCAGGAGCUUGGUCGACUGGAGGAGGAGCGCUUAGUAGUACUAAAUAACUUGGAAGAACUUGAGCAGAAAAUCAAAGAUUUAAAUGACCAGAUGGAUGAAUCCUCAAGAGAGUUGGAUAUGGAAUGUGCCCUUUUGGAUGGGGAACAGAAAUCUGAAACAACAGAGCUGCUGAAAGAGAAGGAAAUAUUGGAUCAUCUAAACAGAAAAAUAGCUGAGCUGGAGAGAAAUGUUAUUGGUGAAAAGACAAAGGAAAAAUUAAAACUUGAUGCUGAGAGGGAAAAACUAGAGAGGCUUCAGGAGCUUUACUCCGAGCAGAAGACGCAGCUUGAUAAUUGCCCUGAGUCCAUGAGGGAACAAUUACAGCAGCAGCUGAAGAGGGAUGCUGAUCUUUUGGACAUAGAAAGCAAACACUUUGAAGAUUUGGAAUUUCAGCAGCUUGAACAUGAAAGCAGGUUAGAUGAAGAGAAAGAAAAUCUGACACAGCAGCUCCUGCGUGAAGUAGCUGAAUAUCAGCGCAGCAUCGUCAGUAGAAAGGAAAAGAUUUCUGCUCUCAAAAAACAAGCCAAUCACAUUGUCCAACAAGCACAGAGAGAACAAGAUCAUUUUGUAAAAGAGAAAAACAACUUAAUAAUGAUGCUGCAAAGGGAAAAAGAGAAUCUCUGUAAUCUGGAAAAGAAAUAUUCCAUGCUUUCUGGAGGAAAGGGAUUUCCUGUCAGUCCCAAUAGUCUAAAAGAGGGCUAUAUCAGUGUAAGUGAAAUUAGUGAGCUGUAUGGCAAUUCCACGAAUAUAUCCCCUUCCACUCAGCCCCCCACAGAUGCUGAAGCAGUUGCCACUGAGCCUUCCACGGCUGUGCUGACGAGCCAGCCACAAAAUAAAGAGCAUUUCAGAAAUCUGGAAGAGCGAAAGAAGCAGCACAGGGAGUGCCUGUACAUGAGUGAUACUUUGCCUCGCAAGAAAACGGCUCCCUCUGUAUCACCGCACUUCAACAGUGCCACGCUUGGGCGCAGCGUUGCAUCUAAGGGUCAUUUACCAUUAGGGCAGAGCAACAGCUGUGGCAGCGUCCUUCCUCACUGCUUGGCAACCAUGACCAAAGAGUCAGAGUCAAGAAGGAUGCACAAAGGGUAUAACCAUCAGCGUAUCUGCGAAAACCAAAGGCAGAAGUCUCCUGAAUUCUACAGCAGAACAGCAUCUGAAUCCAAUGUGUAUUUGAAUAGUUUCCAUUACCCAGAUCGCAGUUACAAGGACCCUGCCUUUGACACAUUAAGCUUAGACAGCUCUGACAGUAUGGAGACAAGCAUAUCAGCCUGCUCACCAGAUAACAUUUCCAGUGCUAGCACUUCAAAUGUUGCAAGAAUAGAAGAGAUGGAGAGACUUCUGAAACAAGCACAUGCUGAAAAGACGAGGCUGCUUGAGUCCAGGGAGCGGGAGAUGGAAGCUAAAAAACGAGCUCUGGAAGAAGAGAAGCGCCGCAGAGAACAACUGGAGAAAAGAUUGGAAGAAGAAACUAGCCAGAGGCAAAAAUUAAUUGAAAAGGAAGUCAAAAUACGUGAGAAACAGAGAGCACAGGCCCGUCCCUUGACUCGCUAUUUGCCUAUUAGAAAGGAAGACUUUGACCUACGAAGUCACAUCGAAACAGCCGGUCACAACAUAGAGACCUGUUACCAUGUCUCCCUCACGGAGAAGACCUGCCGAGGCUUUCUGAUUAAAAUGGGAGGAAAAAUUAAAACAUGGAAAAAACGAUGGUUUGUUUUUGACAGAAACAAGAGAACUUUUACUUAUUAUGCAGACAAACACGAAACUAAAUUAAAAGGUGUAAUAUAUUUUCAAGCUAUUGAAGAAGUCUAUUAUGAUCAUCUAAAGAAUGCAUAUAAGAGUCCCAACCCGUUGCUCACUUUCAGUGUUAAGACACACGACCGGAUAUACUACAUGGUUGCUCCUUCGCCAGAAGCCAUGAGGAUAUGGAUGGAUGUCAUUGUUACAGGCGCAGAAGGCUACACCCACUUCAUGCUAUAA